AUGCGACUCCCGUUCGGCUACGCGUACGAUGAGCGGAUGCUGGAGCACGUCUGCAACUAUGAUCCGACGAUGGCCGAGAGACCCGAACGGAUGAAGAUCAUCCAUGAACGGCUCGAGAAGGAGCGUUUGCUCAGGAAUAUUUAUUGGGUCCAAUCGCGCGAGGCCGUGGAGGACGAGCUGCUGCUCAACCACCCGAUCGAGAUCAUCCGCGAGAUGAACGCCCUCGACACGGAUGAGGCUUGCGAGAACUUUUGCAAGUCGCACGAGAUCCUGUGGAUGAACCCGAAAUCGGAGCAGGCCGCCCGAAUUGCCGUUGGGAAUUGCAUUGAGAUGCUGAAAGCGCAUCAUGACAAGAGGGUGGGCAAUGGCUUCGCCGUCGUCCGUCCCCCGGGUCAUCACGCGUACGGGAAGAGCCCGAUGGGAUACUGCGUCUACAACAAUGUCGCCAUCACGGCCAAGUACGCCGUUGAGAAGCUCGGCUACAAACGAGUCUCGAUCAUCGACUUUGACUACCACCCGGCCAACGGCACCUACUACUCCGUCAAGGAUGAUCCGAGGAUCAUGCUCGUUUCUUUCCAUUCCUAUCAUAGGGGUCUCUUCUGGCCGUACAGCCGCGAUUUUGACUACAACACCAAAGAUAACUCGAUGUUCUUCCCCCUCAACUGCAACAUGAACACGGAGAGCGACUAUCUGGCCGCGUUCAACCAUGUCAUCAUGCCUGUUCUCAAGGAAUGGGACACAGACCUCGUUCUCGUCUCGGCCGGCUUCGACGCUGGCUACUACGAUAUCAUGCUGACGUUGGGCCAGGCGAUCAAGGCGCAUGGCUAUGGUCACAUUGCGCGCCUUCUCGACGCGGCAUUCCCGGAUCGCGUGCUCGGCAUCUUGGAGGGCGGCUAUUUUUCAGAAUGCUACUCUGAGUCGGCCUACCAGUUUACGAGGGGUCUACAGGGCCUUGAAAUUCCGGAGGUGACGCAUGAUGCGCGGGUGAACGGAUCAAUGGCUGAGGUGAUCUGGAACAACAUUGUCCAUCACUCGCCCCGCUGGAAGUCGUUGCAGGCGUGGCAGGACAAGCUACAGGCCCAGCAGAAGUCCCUCGGCCUCGAGCCGUACACCCCCGACAACCAACUGUACCUCGGCCACGAAGUCAAGGAGCUCUGGAAUAAGGUGGUCUCCUCCGGGCUGUGCCGCACCCGCGAAUGGUUCCCUGAAAUGACCCCCGAGAGCGUCGACCUGUGCACGUCCAAGAUCAACGAGGUCAAGCAGAACUACAAGUACGCGCAGGCCAUCACGCAGCCGAGUGAGGAGCAGCUGCUCAAACAGCUGGUCUGGGAUCAGAAGGCCAUGCUCGAGUGCCACACAAAGUCGUUGCCAUCCCUCGAAUUCUGGACUGAUCAGUAUCAAGCGUUCAAAGACGGUCGCCUCGACCAUAUGAUGGUGUGCGACUGGGAUCUGAUCCGGAAGAGCGGCAUCAAGUUCUUU